CCACAUAAACAAAAAGAGGUAUAAAAGAUCACCGACUAGCUGCCUGCAACACACCCCGAGUAGUCUCACCAUUGCAGUCACCACUUUCACCUGAGGAAAGACAAGAGGCCGCGAGUUCUCACUCCACAAGACCAACAUGACAACAACACAUCGGUUAAUGGCCGCCGCCUUCUACCUGUGCGGGCUUUUGUUUCUUUACCACAUCGACUCUGUGAAGAGCUUGAAAUGCAAGCUCUGUGACUUUGAUAACAAUGACUGUACUUCUGGCAACUUGCCAGAUGGUGAGUGCCCACCCAACCAUCUCUGCGGCCAUUUUAGAGAGUUCACAAAAGGAGGAGAUGGCCCUGAUGUGACAUUACGUGGCUGCACAGAGGGAGCAGAAGGUUUCUCCUGCACUAAAAAUCCGGAUUCUGAUAUGAUACGGUGUGUGCUCAUUUGCGCCGAAGACAACUGUAACAGCAAAUCCUAUCUUGGUGAAGAAUGAGAGAAGGACUGCAUUUACCUUGAUCAUUUUUUUCAGAAAACGCCACUGACACAAAAAACUAUGCGUUUAGUAUUUUUAUUUUAUAAUAGGAAAUAUAUAGAAAAAUUACUCCUCAAUACAAUUUUAUCCAAAAAACAAAACAUUAUAAACCAUGUAAUCGAACUUAAAAAUCGUCUUCUGUUUUUAAUUGUUUCUUGCUAUACAUCAUCGUGAAAGCUUUAAAAAGACAUUAAAAAGACUAAUUUAUUAUGUCUUCUCUUAUUUCUUUUGUUGUUUCACUCAGCGACGCCAUCACGCUGUGUAGACAAUUCAGUUGUCAGUCACUCGUUGAAUCCUUUUAACUUUUCUGUCAUUCAGAUGUAAACUUAAGUUUGUCAAUAAACACUUUG